GAGUUCUCCAGAGUGGACCGUUUGGUGCUGUGGUGAGGGGGACUUGGUGUUUCAGGGUCUUUAAUUUAUUACAGAGCCAGCGGCCAUCACAGAGACCCUCUGACAUAACGGACCAACUGAUCCAGGUCUGCUGAAGGUUAAACCCGUCCUCUGUCUGCCCCCCUUCAGCUAACGGUCUGAUCCGGGACGGCAAUGAAAGAUCCGAGUCUCAACAACCCCAACAACAACAACAUGACGAUCAGCAACGAGAUCAUCCUGAGCAGCACGUUCAUCUCAGAGGAAGACCCGUUCGCAGAGUACCUGUGGAUGGAGAACGAGGAGGAGUUCAACAGACAGGUGGAGGAGGAGCUGUGGGAGGAGGAGUUUAUGGAGCGAUGCGUUCAGGAGCUGCUGGAGGAGGAGGAGCAGUGGGAGUGGUUCAUCCCGUCCAGAGACCUCCCCGCCCAGACCGUCAGUCAGCUGCAGGACCAGAUCAGCCUGCUGGUCCUGGACGGGGACGUUCACGCAGACGCAGACUUUGACAUUGUGGUGAACAGCAGUCUCAACCCAAACGCCAAGGAGUUCGUCCCGGGGAUCCAGAAACACAUCAUCUGACCCCGCCAGGCUCCGCCCCCUCCCCACCACCCCCACCCCACUCCGCCCUCCUCACUCCGCACUGUGACAUCAUCAACAAGAUGUCUGCCGUAUUUUUUCAGUCGCCACCUUCAGCCUGACGUGUUGCCAAAGUUCUGCGUUCGCCUCGCAUGUGUUCAAUUACAGAGUCCCGUUACCAUAGUUACUAAAGUUUUCACCUGUCUGUUUACCUGAGUGUGUGUGUGCGUGUGUGUGUGUCACUCUCUGAAUGUAAAUCAGCUGAGAGUGUGUGUGUGUGUGUGUCACUUUAGUUCAGAGCAGACUGGUUUAUGUUACAACGAGCUCUGAUGUCUCACUCUGACACUUUUUAUUUGCACUUUUAUAAAAGCCUAAAAACAAAC